AGGUGAAAGGAAGGAAGGAGCGGCAAGUUUAUAUUAUUUUGUGCUCCGACAAGGUGGAUGAUGUUAGCUCCGGCAGCAAUCUCUUCUUCUUCUUCUUCUUCUUCUGAGGGGGUUGCACUUGCACCAGAUGCUCAAGUGAAAGGAAUCACUAGUCUUUUGACCUGUACGAAUGAUGACCAUGGAGGUAUCCUCGUCGAAAUGACCAAGGACCCCAUGGACGCUGCUUUCUUCACCACGUUAUUGCGGGCUUCUGUUUCUCAUUGGAGACACCAGGGUAAGAGGGGUGUUUGGAUCAAAAUGCCAAUUCAGCUCGCAAACCUUGUUGAGCCUGCUGUUAAGGAGGGAUUUUAUUUUCACCACGCUGAGCCACAAUACCUGAUGCUAGUAUACUGGAUUCCUGAAACUGCUUGCACACUUCCAAUAAAUGCUACUCAUCGAGUGGGUAUUGGUGCAUUUGUCAUGAAUAAAAAUGGAGAGGUACUGGUGGUCCAAGAAAAGAGUGGAACAUUCAGAGGCACAGGAGUAUGGAAAUUUCCAACAGGUGUUGCUGAUCAGGGGGAAGACAUUUGUGCUGCAGCUGUAAGAGAAGUAAAAGAAGAAACUGGAAUAGAGACGAGGUUUGUAGAAAUACUUGCAUUCAGACAGAGUCACAAGUCAUUUUUUGAUAAGUCGGAUUUGUUCUUCGUCUGCCUUAUGCAUCCUCUUUCAUUUGAGAUCCAGGUCCAAGAGACAGAGAUAGAAGCUGCACAGUGGAUGCCAUACGAGGAGUAUGCAGCUCAGCCAUUUGUCCAAACACAUGAACUUUUCCGGUACAUUGUUGAUAUAUGUGCUGCAAAGAGAGAGGGGAAAUAUUCUGGGUUUUCUCCAGUGCCUACAGCCACGAGUUUCUCUCGCAAAAGCUGCUACUUGUACAUGAACAAGCAGAACUUAACAAAUCAGUGAAUUUCCAAAAGCAAUCUCUCCAAAUUUGGUGGUAGGGGGAUCCUUUCAUCCCAGUUAUUAUGGACAAGUGUUAAUAAAGUCCAUGAUAAUUUAUCUGUUUCCUUCAUGUCUUUUUUUCAUUUUGUUUGCUUUCAAGAUGGGCAAUGGGGUGGACCUUCUAUUUAUUUGCCUCUUACAAUUAUGCCAAGUUCCUUAAAGCUGUUUUCAAUCUUGCUGAUAAGGUUAGGUACAGUAAUAUACUUUGUAACCAUGUGGCUAUCAUCAUGUGGAUGAUGCAUGAAAUAUGUAAUAUUCUUAUGUGAUUAUGAAAUAUGUAAUUGUACCUGGUUUUUUUG